AUGGCUUUAUUUACCUUUCUAAUUAUCGUUUUAUUGGCAGGAGCUGUUGACCCUGGGCGUGUCCGUCGUAUAGUGGGAGGUAGUGACACCACCAUAGACAGGUUUCCCUCCCUCGUGCAAGUCGAGAGUAGAAACCUAUGGAACGGCUUUUGGUGGCAAUCCUGCGCUGGUACCAUUCUCACUCCUAGACAUGUGCUGUCUGCUGCUCAGUGCUUUUUUGGUCCAUGGUACUCCCCAAAAAACCGUCGCAUCAGAGCAGGAUCCUCAUAUCGCAAUGCUUCUGGUGUUAUCUACCUCAUAGACAAAGAGAUCAACCACCCUCACUAUGAUUACUUUAAUACUUCGGCCGAUAUAUCCGUGCUUCGAAUCCAAACCCGGAUAGAGUACACUCCGGUUAUCCAACCCGGUACAGUCGUCGCUGCUGAUUUUGUCUUCCCUGACAAUAUACCGGUGACGGUUGUCGGAUGGGGUCAUACUGCUUACUACGGCGCGUAUUCAGAUGUUCUUCAAGAGACGACGGUGAUCACAGUGAACCGAGAACUAUGUGCUAAACGCUACAGAACCCUGAACACGCAUCGUAACAUUACUAACACUAUGCUCUGUGCUGGGGUCUUAGGUGUCACCGGCAGAGACACCUGUACUGGAGACUUUGGGGGUCCACUUUAUUACGGGCACAUCGUUAUUGGUAUUGCCACUUGGGGUCAUCAAUGCGGUCAUGCCGAUUUUCCUGGGGUAUACACGUCUGUGGCUUCCUAUACUAGAUGGAUUGCUGCUGUAGUUGUAUAA